AUGGAGGGUAUGCAUCACGAGCUGCGUAAUCUGUGGCUUGGCCUGCGCACUGAUUGCGCCAGGAUGGAAGAACGCCUCGAUCCGGCUGCAGGACAACGGCUCAUAGAGCACGGACUCGCUUUUUGCAACGAGCUGGAAGUGCAUCACGACCGCGAGGAGACUUUCCUCUUCCCGAAACUGGCCGACCGGAUGCCUGAAUUUGGACCCCAGUCAACCCUGGUGGACCAGCACAAGAAGAUUCAUGUUGGCCUUGCCGCCCUUAAGCGGUAUCUGCUAGACUGUCACAUUGAGGAAAAGGUUCUCGAUAGGGCGCAUAUAAGGGCAAUCAUGGACACGUUUUCAGAGGUGUUGUUAGCACAUCUUGAUGAUGAGGUAUAUGCGCUUCGCGCAGAGAGGAUUCGGUGGCAUUGGACCUUGGAUGAGUUCAGAAAGAUUCCUUGA